ACAAUGCGCCACACUUUGUCAAAAGAUACCGGUUGCAGAUAAGGACACUUUUCGUACACAGCUGCUUCUUUAUUCUUAAACCGGACAAAUGGCGAACAAAACGGCACCCUUAUUCCUCAAGGCGCUGGAAAUGACGGAGGUGCAUUCUUCGAAAUUGUUAAAAGGAAACCCGAGUAGAACUCAUAUCAGACACCUGGCCUCCUGUGGCAUCCUGGCAACCCGGCUCCCCGGGCCUCAGCCCCUGUUCCCCGCUGCCCCGCUCUGCACGCCCAGCCGCAGCUUCAUCAACCUGGCCGUCCCGCUCGUCGCCCGCAGGACAGAGUACUCCGAGAGCCGGACUCUCGGGUACUCUCCAGAGCAGAUGUAUAAUUUAGUGGCCAAUGUGGACCAGUACCAGCAGUUUGUGCCCUGGUGCAAAAGGUCUAGGAUGACAAAGAGGCAUAAUGGGGACAUCAGGGCCGAACUGGAGAUCGGCUUCCCCCCCAUCGUGGAGCGCUACACUUCCGAAAUCACCGUCGUGCCAGAUCAUCAAGUCAGGGCAGUGUGCACAGAUGGAUCCCUCUUUAACCAUUUGGAAACAGUGUGGAGGUUUGCCCCUGCAGCUCCAGACCAGCCAGACUCCUGCAAUGUGGAUUUCUAUGUGUCCUUUGAAUUCAAGUCCUUGUUGCACUCUCAGCUGGUGACCAUGUUCUUCGACGAGGUGAUCAAGCAGAUGGUCAACUCCUUCGAGAAACAGGCCGCCAAACUGUACAGGCCAAACAUCCCCAUCAGGAAGACGGCAUCAGUGAGGAGGAAGGUGGCAUGAAGCCCCUCCCCUGCUUUGUCUCACAAUGGACUCAACCAAUCAAACCUUCUCUUGCCCAACAAUACGUCACCACCUACCCCCACGUCGGUGCUAGGCAGAAGACUGGGUCUUCACCUUCAACCCGUCCACGUUUUCCGCUGGACCUUUAUUGCUGCUCGUUGCACAAAUGAUUGGAGAUCACGUUUUAUUUAUUUAUUUCACCAGGGCUUCAUUUACUUGAAUGUAUAUACUGUUUUUAUUUUGAGGAUGAAAAAACUGUUUAAUGUUAGGGUUGAAGAGUAAUACUUAUUUAACAGUGGUGUUCUGAAAUUUGAUCUGACCAAAUAAUUUAUCCAAGAUGUUCUGUUGUGUUUCCAAGAACUGUUAACUUCUGUAUGUGUUUG